AUGCAUCACGAAGAGUCUAGCUCGAAUGCUUCUAUCAUCGGAGUCGUAUUCAGGUUGCGUAAAAUUGGUAGCCCAAGUUUGAAGAAUUCUAAUUUCAUUAUAAAAGAUUAUGCCAAUGAAGCAGUACGCAUCUCAAAAGAGUCAAGAUAUGAUACAAAUCUGUUUAAAGGACACAUUCUGCCAGGAAGAAGCGGAGGUCCAUGGUUUGCACUGGCAGGAUCAUUCAAUGAGAGCGAGUUUGUCUAUUCUGGUGACAAAGUCUUUAUACUUAAGGUAACCGGAAAACUCAGCCGACAAGAGAACAGUGAAAAUAAUUCGCAACAUCCAGUAGAUAAUGUACAUGAAGAUGAUUACUUUUGUGAUAACAAGAAGACAAAAGGACCUAGUGAAACGGAAAAGCUGUGGAUUGGUCAAUGGCAUAAAGCCAAAUUCAAAGGACUUGAAUACGGUGUUAUAGUUACAGUAACUAUGCAUUUUCAGUACGCCAAUUCAUUAAUUGGACCAUGUUUCGCCAGAAGCAACGACAUUUUUAUACCGAAAAUAUUUCAAGGUGAAUUAAUAUUAUUUUGUUCUUUGUAUAAACAUCAUUAA